AUGCGCGGCAUGAAGGGCCGGAAGACCGACAGCAUUGCGUCCACGAUGGAGAGCAGCUAUGAGCCGGAUGACUUUGUAGCAACUAGUACUUAUGGACCGGUUACGACUACGUCUCAUCAGUCUGGCUCGAGCAUCCCCAGCAAUCGACUCUACAGAACGAAUACCAACGACACUGUCCCCAGAAGACCUACAUCUGAAGGCACCGAAUCGCACUUGUCGACGAGGCGCACGUCCUCCAAUGCGUCAUCCACGUAUUACCCAACAUAUAGCCUCUAUCCUGCACCGACGAAACCGCUGCCUCCGCUGCCUCCAAAAGUCACGAACAGUGCUUCCAGAUCCAUUGGAAGACCUCCUUCUGAACGAUCCGUGGGGAGCUCCGGGCGAUCAUCACAUUACUCCGACCGAUCUGGGAGCAUAGUCGCGGGGGCAAGCGGAUCGAUCUCAUAUAAAUCUCCGACAUCUACGCACUACACCGUCCCAUCCGAGUUUCGGCAUAGCGACCAGCAAACUCGGACAUCUUCGUUGGAGCUCAGCUUCAAGAGCAUGAUUGUAUCCGAUGAUAAGCGCAUUAACAAUAGUGUUCACUACCUGGACGUAUCCUCCACAUCCUCGACGCUGGCUACCAAACAUGGCAAUAAUAUAGUAAAGGUUUGGUCUCUGGAGACGGGUGAUGUUCAGAGCACCAUCAAGUUCUCGUCAUACACAGAAGCGCAAUCUCGCUCGCGCGACUACUUGAUUCGAAGCCAUGCAAUUCUAUCAGAAACAUCCAGGCUGAUUGCAAUUGCCUCACGGUUCGGCAGAUCAAUUGAAAUAUGGAACUGGGAAAAAAAGAAGUGUUUGCAAACAAUCGAUAACGCAGACCGCUGGUCGGCGGGCAAAAUGGAAGUGUAUGAUCAUGGCUGGGGGCGGUUUGCAGCGUAUCGAGGGGAAGCAGGUGUAAUUGACCUUUUCGCCGCAACGAGAGAGAAGAAGCCCUUUGUACAGAUGAGGUCCAUCAACCUCUCCGAAGCGGGACUGCCAUUCGUCCCUCAGUAUCCCGAGCUUGCCCUUUCACCAACGAGCCCUCUUCUUGUGGCUGCUGCCGGCCCCCGACCUCCACGACGAGGGCAUCCGCCUCCCGACAGAGAGACACUACUUGUGGCGUGGGAAACGCACGAUAAUGGCCUGGUUGGAAGCAAGCCAUAUCGAGUUGCCCGUCCAUGGCAACACAAGGAGAUUGACACUGCUAUUCCAUCUGAUCUCACCACGUAUGGCAGUGUAGUGGUAUCCAUCUGGAUUCCCGCAACGUUCCGUGCAGUGCCGGCACCGGCAUCGCGUGGAGGGACAGGAUACAACUACAACCUCACGCCAGUCAAGGUGCCGUCGCGUUAUGUGUUAGUUUGGGAUCUCGCGGCAAACUCAACGAGAACAUUUGCAAUUCCCAAUUGUACUGCUUGCAUCUCACCAGAUUGUCGAUAUGUGGCAUACUGCCACGCUAGCGGAGCGGCCAUUGGUGCUAGGGGAACUCUCGCCGUCAUUGAUGUGAUGUCGUCGGAAGAAGUUUGGUGUUGGCCCGAUCGAAAUGCGACGGCCGUGGAUAGUGGCCCAAAGCCGGGCUUCAAACAGUUUGAAGAUCUCGCCCGUGUGACAGAGCUUGCCUUUUCAGCCGACGGGAAGUCGCUAGUUGUGGGUGAUGGCGACGGACGCGUGGGUGUGUAUGAUAUCCAUGGGAAGAAUAAUGAACAGGGACCAGGUAAUUUGGCAAUGGCGUACUAG